UCCCCUUUUUUGAAUUUGAAUGUAGUGAGAAAAAGUAUUUUUUGUGCAUACACUACUUUCAAACACGUACAUACUCUCUCAGACGACGAAAAAGUAAAAAUAAAAAAAUGUCAAACCCUAUAAUGGUGAACAUACUGUCAGACGACGACGACGAAGAAGAAUUUCAAUCAAAGAAACAAAAAAGAAAUAGUUUUGAUUCAAACCCUGUUCUCAUAAUCGAUGACGAACAAACUCCUUUCAAAUCGAAAACUCCUUCGUCUUUUGUUGUACCCGAAACGCCUCUAUCAACUAGUGUUGUCCCAGAGACGCCAUUGGAGGAGGCGCCGUUUUCAUUCAGAUGUAAAACUACUAUUUUUGUUUCUCAACCAGAUUUCAUGUUUUCUCCUGCCCCUCUUAAUCCUCCCUCUGGAUUAAUAUGUCUAGAAUCUGACGAAGAACCUGAUAGGAUUGGGAGCUCCCCUGGAAGACUAAAUGAGGCGAAAAGCUUAUGUGAAAGACAAGAGGAGUUGAAAUCAGCUACUCUAGAUGUGGAAAAUAAUUUUGAAGUGCCUUUAACAUGUUCAGAAUCCUCAAUGUUACAAGAAAGCUCUUCUUUCCCGUCUGAUGUACAAGAUGAUUUUCCGCAGACUUCCAAUUACUCUGAAGAAGAUGAUAUUCUGCCUCUGGCAAAUAAUAAUAUUCAAAUUUCUGAUCAUUUUGAAGAAGAUGAUAUUCAACCUCUGGCAUCUAACAAUGUAAAAAUGAAAGAUAAAACAAAGGGUAUUACAAAUAAGAAAAGGAGUGCUGGGGAUUUGACCGGAAGGGUAAGAAGCACAAAGGAAGAAAAAGCUCGUUUACUUAUCGAGAAGAAACAACAAAAGGAGCAAGAAAAGUUAGAGAAAGUAGCUCUGAAGGAACAAGCUGCAGAGAUGAAGAAGAUGCAGAAAGAAAUUGAAAGAUGGGAGAAAGGAAAAUUUGCUCAACAAUCCAUUGUGGCUAAAAUCGAUACUAAAGUAGUAGAACAAGGAUCUGUUGGAGGACAACUGCUUACAAGGUUGGCUGAAAAAGGUGUUACAUUUCAGAUUACUUCAAAUCCAGUUGAAAGGUCAAUUAUUUGGACCAUGUCUGUUCCAGAUAAUAUUGCACAGGCCUUGACUCGUGGGACCGAGAUCCCAUAUGUGUUGCUUGUUUUUGAGGCAGAGGAGUUUUGUCGCCUUGUUGCAAAUGAAUCUCUUAUGCAUCACGUCUCUCGUGUUCAAUCCAUUUAUCCAUCUCAUACAAUUUGUUUUCUUACAAAUAGGCUUCUGGCCUACAUCAACAAAAGGGAACAAGAACAUUACAAAAAUCCCGGGAAUCGUAGUGGCUGGAGUCGUCCACCUGUGGAACAGCUGUUGUCAAAAUUAAGUACACAUUUUGUUGGUGUACAUUCAAGAUUGUGCACGGAUGAAGCUGAAUUAGCAGAACAUGUAGUAGGCUUGACGUGCAGCCUCGCCUCUUGCCAGUUUAGAAAGAAGCUCACUCGGCUAUCUGUCAAUGCUAAUGGUUGCCUUAUUCCAAAAGAUGCCACUGACCGAGCUCUCAUAAAAAAGAGCACUUGGUUAAAAGCUUUAGUAGCCAUCCCAAAGGUACAACCUCGAUUUGCUAUAGCAAUAUGGAAGAAGUAUCCGACCAUGAAGUCACUCUUGAAGGUCUAUAUGGAUCCAGCCAAGUCGGAACAUGAGAAAGAAUUUUUACUUGCAAAUUUAGUAACAGAAGGGUUGGUUGGAGAUAACAGAAGAUUAGGAGAGAUCUGUUCCAAGAGAGUGUACAGGAUAUUGAUGGCACGAAGUGGAAGUACCAAAACUGAUGACGUUGAAAGUGGCGCUGAUUUCUUCAACCAACAAGCAUCAUGAAAUCUUGUGUAUGUCGUAGUAGAUUAGAAUUAAUGCUGACAGUGAUAUUGCUGGUUCAACGUUUUGUUGUUUAGCAAUGAUAUCUGUCUUGAUUUCUCAAAUUGUUUGAAAUCAAAGUUUCAGGUAAAGUGGCUAUAUGACCAUUGAUUUGGACAACACUGGGGCCUUGACUUCUUGAGCAUUAAGGAUCUGGGGCCUGGUUUUUGUAUCUGUCCAUUUUGCUUUAUACAGUUUUAGUUCCUUCA